AUGACCUCCUCCAACCUUGCUAUUCCCACCUGGCCAAUAAAGAGCUUCCCUGAGUUUCAGAGGUUAAUUCUCCGGCAGGUCUGACUGCGGAUGGAGAAGGGUAUGUGGUUGAGUGGUUUAACACAUGGGCAUGGCUGAGCAAGGCACGGCAAGAGGGUGGGGUGAAAUGUGACGGGUAGUAUGAAAUUAGAUCUUCAAAGGUAGAAAUUCAUAUUUAUGGUUUGGCAAUAGCCAGAGUAACUUUAUCUUGGGAAGAGUUGUUUUCAAAAGAGUACCGAAAGUGUAUGCACUCCUCUUUGAUUCCAGCAAUAUUUUCUUUGGUCAAGUAUUGGCAUCCUUGCUAGACCCAAGUCCAGGUGGCUGUUGGGGUAAGAUUUCCAAACCAUCUGAAUGCAGAAAUAUCCUGCUGUGUCCCACUGGUGGGGCCAUGGUUGGAGCAUAUGUAUCCACUCCCAGUCAUUUGAAAGAAACCUCUGUAUUGCUGAUCCAGGCUGAAUAUUGUAUCCAGCUAUUCACUGUUCAUACUGUAUUUACUCAGAAAUGAAUAUGUUUUAAUGAAACCCUGGUGAUUGCCCUCAAGCCUUAGUUUGGGGAUGUUAUGGGCCAAUGUUUCAACUAGUUCUGUGCAAGGCCCUAGGUCUCCUCAUUGACAUGCAGUCUAAUGUCUUAUAUUAUUUUAAUUUCUCUUUCUCUCUCCCCCCAGGGACCUCAGGAGCAACCUCAUCAGCACCAUCAUGCCUGGAGCCUUCCAAAGUUUAUCUAAACUUCGGAAGCUGUAAGUGCAUACAGUAUCAGCUCUGUUUUCAUUAUAUCUUGUGCACUGUAAACAGUCAUAUUACGUAUAUAAAUAGUGGGUUUAGUUGCCACGGUUUCCCUGCAUGGCUCUGUAUUGAGUAUUUUCAAAACCAGCACACAUAGUCACAACAUUUUAUGACACAUAAAACUGUAUGUAAAAGCCUGGCUGGCUCAGAGAUGUGUUGUGGAUGACUGUGCUAAGUGUAUGUGCUGGUCUGUGCUGAUCUCUGUGGGGCCUGGGAUGACAUGUCUAGUGCCCUGCUCUGCCGCCAUGGAAACCUCAGGGCCACGCAGAGGCUCCUCACACGUCAUUGGAUGUGACAGGGCAGCAGUUUGCGGUCGCUCGUAGCUCACUCAUUGUGUGUUUGGACAAUCGGCUCUGGUCCUCUGCCCUGCGCUGCAUGACUCUCUUUUCCCCUCCCUGAACUGCUUGUGUUUUCCCUGCAAGGUCUGGGGCUUUUCAAAACAAACAGGGAGAGAUAAAGACACACUCUCGACAGCUCUCUGCUGGGUUUUGUCAGGGGGACAGUGGAACAAGGCUCACUCUGACACUGUCCUUAUACCAUGCAGACACAGCAUGCAGGGGCUGCAGAGUGCAUUUGCUCCUUCUUUGGUGAUAAGGCUUUACAAGAGGCUCUAUGGUCUAUGUCGAUAAGGAAGAUUCACAGGUCACGAGAGUGUUGCAAAAUUCAAAUUCCUUAUCCUGCUGUGUUACACACUGGCUAGUUGAAUGAAUGGAAAUUGUGAAAGAUGUGCCUACAGGCCAAGAAACCCACUUUGGAUAAGACUUUGUUAUUGUAAACAAAUUAAAAUAAGAAGCGGAAGUCUAUUGGCCAAUGUGCUGGAGAAGCCAGUUGUUCCCAAUGAGAUCACAAAAACAACAUGCAGAGUGUCAAGAUUAGGGUUGCAAAGGUACCGGUAAUUUACCAAAGUUACCGGAAUCUUAAGUCAUUUUGGUAAUUUAUACUUGAAUAACUUUUUUAAUGAAGAAAGUACCUAAUGUGCAAUGGCAUUAUUUUCAAUGAACUUUGCAACUCUUCCAACUAAUUACUUUUUUCACAAUAGCCAUCAGUUUGACAACAAAACAUUGACAACAAAUACAUAUUGACAUAGUCAAAUAAAUAAAGGUUUGUACAAAAUAUAUAUGAAGGAUAUUUCAUGCUGUAACCCUCAUUUAAACACCAAUGGUAUUCAUUAAGUUGAUGGUUUAUAUAUAGGAUAAUGUUUUACAGCUUUGUCAUUCUAUUUUGUAUUUAAAAAAUUAUUAUUCACCGCUGUGCUCUCACUGUCCUUGUUAUCUCUCCUAGUGACCUGUCCAACAACCGCAUUGGCUGCUUGACUCCAGACAUGUUCCAGGGACUCACCAACCUCACCAAACUGUAAGCAGCCUAAAUGACUGACCAUAAAGCAACACAUCCUAGUGUAGUAUUGUGGGUACCUAGUACAGUGAUCAUGAUUACACAUCUGUCUGUUUUCUCCUGUUAGGAACCUCUCUGGGAACAUCUUAUCUACCUUGGACCCGGGGGUCUUCCAGGAGAUCCCCUCUCUUAAGCUUGUGUGAGUACUGUUCACUGCUCCUAACUGUCAUCACCUUUUUCACUGUUUGCUCCAGACAGAUGUUUGCAUAAUCUUCGUAAGCGAUAUAAAUGCAAUCUAGGCAAUCUGAUCACAUUUUUCUCCCAAUAGGCUUAGUUCAAGCAAUGGACAGCCUUUUGUCACAUCUGACAUGUUGAUCCUAUAAUGGACCACCAGAGAAUAGAUCUGAACUGUUGGGCAACAUGCCGUUAGAGGGAAAGUGACCCGCUCCUCAGUGUAAUCUCCCUUGAUGAAUGGUGUUGUAAAAUUCCCUGCUUUUUCUCACCAGGAACUUUAACUCUGACUUUCUGUCAUGUGACUGUGGGCUGCGCUGGGUGCCGGGUUACUUUCGCACCAGUGCAGCCUGGCUGGGGGACGAGACCAUCUGUGCCUAUCCCAGGAACCUCCAUGGAAAGCUCCUGCGUGAACUGAGGGAAAGUCAGCUGAGCUGUGGUGAGUGUGUGACAGGAAAUUGAAUGCAUAUGAAUGCGGUGGUUCACCACUAUCACCCCUCAAAUAGUAUGAAAACUUGACAAUAUGAAUGACAGAGUAAUCGUUUUCUCAUGCUGAUAUUAUGAGAUGUCCCUAAUCUGUUAGGUAGGUGUCCCCUGUAGCUCAGUUGGUAGAGCAUGGCGCUUGCAACGCCAGGGUUGUGGGUUCGUUUCCCACGGGGGGCCAGUAUGAAAAUGUAUGCACUCACUAACUGUAAGUCGCUCUGGAUAAGAGCGUCUGCUAAAUGACUAAAAUGUGUUUGUGAAAAGUAAUAAGCUGUGAGUGAGCAAGUAGAAACACAUAAGAAGCGCAAUAAAAACGCAAAAGACCAAUGUUUUGCUAUCUCCAAUGACCUGUUUUCUAUUGUUUUUCCUCUUCCACUCAGUGGGCUGUCUUUCCAAGUGCGCCAGCUAGCUUUGUUGUGCUUCCUCUGCGGUCAGCCUUUAUGAAUUGUGGCUGUCUGCAUCCAAUAUUCCUAAAAAAGCAGGCUCAUAAUGGCUUCAUCUGAAAUAUUUAGCUGAGGUUGUGUAAUGAGAGAGCAGCAGAAGUAACCUAGAGUGAUUUGUUAUGGUCUCAUCUGCCUUCCCUUCUCCUGGCUGUGCUGUGUAUUCCUUUCCUCACUCAGACGGGCCUCUGGAGCUGCACACCCUGUCUCUCCUACCCUCCCAGCGCCAGGUGGUCUUCAGGGGGGACCGGCUGCCCUUCCACUGCACCACCGCCCUGGUGGACAAAAUCACUGCGCUGCACUGGCGCCACAACGGCCAGCUGGUGACCUCUGACCCUGAACAGGGCGUCAGUCUAGAGGCCAGCGUGGUUCAUGACUGCACCUUCAUCACCAGGUAAUGUUACAGUACUGAGGGGUCCACUGGUAUAUUUGUCGUUCCCAGCACUGUCUUCUUACCUUUCAUUGUACUCCUCAAUUAUGUCUUAUUUUCAUGUUUUCAGUAUAAGGUCUAAGUGAAAUAUGUUUUUGAUUUAGUAAUAUGUUUGGCCAGUGUUUGGUUCACACAAAUUGACGAAAAAAACAACACUGUUUGUUUAGUUUCUGCUGAUAGGACAUGUUGUGUAGUGUGCUGUCUGUGUAUGUGUGAUGGCAGUGACUAAUGUGCUGUCUCCUCGUUGCAGUGAGCUCAUCCUGUCCAACGUGCAUGUGGAGGCCAGUGGAGAGUGGGAGUGUGUGGUGGCCACUGGGCGGGGCAACACCUCCCGCAGCGUGGAGAUAGUGGUGCUGGAGAACAGCGCCUCCUUCUGUCUGGAGGAAAGAGUCACUAACAACCGGGGAGAGUUCAAGUAAGGAAGAAAACAAUAAUUCCCCUCUCCAGAAACAAAAUCCACAAUAAUAACAGUCCUUCUGAUUAAAACAUGCUGCAUCCUCCUCCCUUGGUGUUUUUUUCUAGGUGGCCCAGAACCCUGGCAGGUAUCACCUCCUACCAGUACUGUCUGCAGCUGCGCUACCCAUCCCUGUCCGUGGGUGGCGCUGUGGAGCAGAAGCAGGCAUCACGAUACUGUGACCGCUCAGGGAGCUGGGAGGAGGGAGACUACGACAACUGUCUCUACACCAACAACAUCACGCGGGUCCUAUACACCUUCAUCCUGGUCAGUGCCAGGGGUUGUGCUUGGGCUGUCCCAAAUUCAUUUAGCCCACUACCUAUGAAAUCAAAGUAUGAUACAUACUUAUGGUAGUAAUAUUUAAAUAGUUGUUGCCUGAAAGGUAAAUGUGUAAAAGUAACAAAACAUAUGAGUUAUUUGCUUUAAAAUAAUCAUACUUCUCUCUUUUUCCAGAUGCCAAUCAAUACCUCUAAUGCGGUUACUCUGGCACAUCAGGUGCGCAUAUACACUCUGGAGGCAUCCGGUUUCACUGACACCAUGGACGUGAUGUACGUGGCCCAGAUGAUGGAGAAAUUCAUGGAAUAUGUCCGACCACUGCGAGAGGUGGACCGAUGAGAUCUAUAAACCCUCAAAGCAUGUUUUAUGGGUUUUAUUUUGUGUCUGCAUUGUCUUGAAUUGGAAAUAGUUGAUAGGGACUUUUUGACUUGAAUAUUCAUGAUUACCUUACGUUCGUGAUUACGUUUCUUUCUGCCCCCUGUGUUUAUGCGAAUGCCUGUAUUUUUAAUGCUUGUUUUUUCAUGUCUUUACCUGUGUGUAUGUGUGUGUCAGCUGUCAGUGGUGCUGGUGGAGAUUGGCAGUAACCUGAUGCAGGUGGAUAAUCAGAUCCUGACCCAUGCCCAGAGAGAGAAGAAAGCCUGCAGCUCCAUAGUCCACUCUCUGGAGACUCUGGCCUGGCCCCAGCUCCACAGCCAUGCCCAGGACCUCUCCAUGGUACAACAACUGUUCCAUUUGAACAUGUUUUUAGGUUCUAUAUUAUUUUUACCUAACAGUCCUAAAUGUAAUCUGCAUUGUUUUUCCCCUAUAGCUCUCCAGGAACAUUGUAAUGGAGGCCCAUCUUAUCCGUCCGGCACACUUCACUGGCAUGAGCUGCACAGCUUACCAACGCCGGGAGACCUUGUUAGGCAACCUUGGGAUGGAGGGGGCAGAGCCCACCCACGAACAGCAGCUCCGCUUCCGCUGUACCACGGGCACCCACAACACCUCCAUAAACAACUUCCCCAUGAAGGUAAGCAAUGUCUCUGUCUCCCUCACCCAGACCUGAACCCAACCUCACCCACAAACAGGACUGUGGUUGUGUGUCUGUGGUACAAUGGCAGACAGUGCGUACGGUUCUCAUUAGAGGGAACACACCUCAGGGCUUGACAUACUGGAGAUGGCAUGGAUCCGCAUGUAGCACAGUCAUUUACAACAGCUGACAUGGAAGAGGGAGAAAAUCCCUCUCUCUCUCUCUCUCUCUCGCUCUCGCUCUCGCUCUCGUUCUCGCUCUCUCUCGCUCUCUCGCUCUGUCUCUCUAUUUCUCUGUCCCUCCCUCCCUCUAGAAUGCUGUAGCCCUGGCCUCUGUGGUCCUCCCUGCCUCUCUGUUCCCCCCGGACGCCCCGUCAGACUGUAAGCUCCAGUUUGUGGCGUUCCGUACAGGGAGGUUCUUCCCUUUCUCAGGGAACUCCAGCGGUCCUGGAGAGCACGCCCGCAGACACAGUGUCAACAGCCCUGUCAUCUACGUAGGCCUAGGUGAGGGAGCAGCUAUUACACUUUUAUUACACAAUUCAACAAAUUUACAGAGACGGGUCAAACCUGGUUAUUUUAAGAUAUUACAUAAUACAAAUGUAUGAGCUGGUGACAGUGAUAGAGAUGGUCAUCUCCUCCUUUGUGUUGCAGACGGGUGCAGUAUGUGGAACCACUCAGAGCCCAUCUUGGUGUCCCUGCGCCACUCGAUCCCGGGAAGUGACCCGGUGGCGGCCCACUGGAGCCUGCAGGCCCUGCAGCAACAGCAGGGGGGGUGGAGCCUGGAGGGCUGCCUACUGGCCCACACUGACUCUGCCACCUCCACCCUGCGCUGCUCUGUGCUCAGCAACUACGCCGUGCUGCAGGUAGGGCGAGAGCACAUCCUAGGAUCACUCACCCACUCUCAGAGACACAUGGUGGAUGUAAUGUAAUGAUGACUCUGCACAACACGCACUGCACAACACGUCACUUCCUGUUGAACGCGGAAUGAGGGAGAGCUCGGUUUGUUGUUUUGGAAAGUUUUGAAAGUCUAUUGAAAAAGUUUGGUUACUAGCUAGAUCCCACAAUGUGGUUGGCUUCAGUUCAGGACCUCUACUAUCUGUCCAGUGAUCUUACCGACCAAUGCCGGGUCUAAGGAGCUGCUUGGCGUAGCAGCUAGCUAGCUGCCUACCAAGCUAGUGCCGUUUUCUUGAGGGCUUGAACGCAGCCUGCGACGUGGAUAGCCAUUGUGGCUGGGACCGCGGAUUGGCCCGGGCUUGUGGUUAUCUAGAUCCCUGCUGUUUGUUGUUGUUGUUUCCAAUAUUCCCUUCGACCUGCCCUGUCUGGAACGGCAAGGAGUAACAGCGUAACCUACGUUGCUACCAUGACAAAGACCAAAGCUGGCGGGAGUACCAUUGAGGACAGUGGUGUCUCUCUAUCACAUGUGAAGGAUCUUUUAAUCAAACAAAAAUAGUUCUACAAACAGUUGUUACAACAACAAGAAAAUAGCUUCAAGUGUUGUGUCCAAAUACUGGUGGAGUCAACUAAUAAAAUAAUGGACGACCUGACCAGAGAGGUCCAGGACCUGAAGAACAGUUUGCAGUUCUCCCAGGGUCAGCUCGAUGAAUUUAUAUAGAAGAACGGCAAGAUGACAGCAAUUUGUAAGUCAGUGAGAGAGGACAUCAGUUCUGUAUGUGAAUCCAUGAUAACAAUGAUGGAGAAAUCAAAUUAUCUUGAGGGACAAUCAAGGCAGAACAACAUUGUUGUGGACGGAAUUGCAGAAUCUCCACAUGAGACCUGGACGGCGUCUAAGGACAAAGUGAGGGAAAUGAACUUGGAGAAACAGAAGAUGGACCACAGGAUGAUUGAGGUUUGAGCGCGCUCACAGGACUGGAAAACCCACCACCAGCCCAGGUGACAGGCCCAGGCCAAUAUUAGUCAAGUUCCUGAGGUUCAAGGACAAGGUAGCUGUUCUGGAAAGAGCCAAGAACUUGAGAGGAACGUAUAUCUUGCUCAACGAGGACUAUCCUGAAGCUGUGCGCCAGAAGAGGAAAGAACUUAUCCCAGCCAUGAAAGCUGCCAGAGCGCGUGCGGACAUUGCUUACAUCCGCUAUGACAGGCUCAUUGUCCACCCUCCCUCCCAAAAACCAAGAAGGGAUGAGAGAGCCAAGCCUAUGGGUUUGUAUCUUCAACCCUGCUGCGCACACACACACACACACACACUUACACACACAAACUGAUUAAUGGACUGCUGAAUGUAUUUUUUUUUCUCUUGCUUUGUUUGCUCUUUUCCAUAUUAUGUCUAUCUCUGAUAAGCUACCCAGGAAAGGGAUGAACAUAGUCCAUAUUAAUAUAUGUAGCCUUAGAAAUAAAGUUAAUGAAAUCAAUAACGUGCUAACAUCAGAUAACAUUCAUAUAUUAGCAAUUUCUGAGACUCACUUAGAUAAUUCAUUUGAUGAUACAGCAUUAGCAAUACAAGGAUAUAACAUCUAUAGAAGAGACAGGAAUGCUUAUGGGUGAGGUGUUGCUGUAUAUAUUCAGAGCCAUAUCCCUGUAAUGCUUAGAGAAGAUCUUAUUUCAAGUGUUAUUGAAGUGUUGUGGUUGCAGGUUCACCUGGCACAUCUAAAGCCUUUUCUUUUGGGGUGUUGCUAUAGGCCACCAAGUGCUAACAGUCAGUAUCUAAAAUGUUUGGGUGAAAUGCUUGAUAGGGUAUGUGAUGUAAACAGAGAGGUCUACUUUCUUGGGGACCUGAAUAUUGACUGAUUUUCAUCAAGCUGUCUGCUCAAGAGGAAGCUUCUCACUGUAACCAUUUCCUGUAAUCUGGUUCAGGUUAUUAAUCAACCUACCAGGGUGUUUACAGACACUACAGGAACACAAUCAUCCACAUGUAUUGAUCACAUGUUUACUGAUACUGUAGAACUUUGUUCUAAAGCUGUAUCCGUACCCAUUGGCCGUGUGGUGCCAGGACAACAACCUCUCCCUCAACGUGAUCAAGACAAAGGAGAUGAUUGUGGACUACAGAAAAAGAAGUGGACCGAGCACGCCCCCAUUCUCAUCCACAGGGCUGUAGUGGAGCAGGUUGAGAGCUUGGUGUCCACAUCACCAACAAACUAACAUGGUCCAAGCACGCCAAGACAGUCGUGAAGAGGGCACGACAAAACCUAUUCCCCCUAAGGAGACAGAAAAUAUUUGGCAUGGGUCCUCAGAUCCUCAAAAGGUUCUACAGCUGCACCAUCGAGAGCAUCCUGACUGGUUGCAUCACUGCCUGGUAUGGCAACUACUCGGCCUCCGACCGCAAGUCACUGCAGAGGGUAGUGCGUAUGGCCCAGUACAUCACUGGGGCCAAGCUUCCUGCCAUCCAGGAUCUCUAUACCAGGCGGUGUCAGAGAAAGGUCCUAAAAAUUGUCAAAGACUACAGCCACCGUAGUCAUAGACUGUUCUCUCUGCUAUCGCAUUGGCAAGUGGUACCGGAGCGCCAAGUCUAGGCUUCUCAACAGCUUCUACCCCCAAGCCAUAAGACUCCUGAACAUCUAAUCAAAUGGCUACCCAGACUAUUUGCAUAAGUCACGGCGGUUGGAUCCAAAAAUCUCAAAUUUGGACUCAUCAGACCACAGGACAGAUUUCCACAGGUCUAAUGUCCAUUGCACGUGUUUCUUGGUCCAAGCAAGUCUUCUUAUUAUUGGUGUCCUUUAGUAGUGAUUUCUUUGCAGCAAUUCGACCAUGAAGGCCUGAUUCACGCAAUCUCCUCUGAACAGUUGAUGUUGAGAUGUGUCUGUUACUUGAACUCUGUGAAGCAUUUAUUUGGGCUGCAAUUUCUGAGGCUGGUAACUCUAAUGAACUUAUCCUCUGCAGCAGAGGUACCUCUGGGUCUUCCUUUGCUGUGGCGGUCCUCAUGAGAGCCAGUUUCAUCAUAGCGCUUGAUGGUUUUUGCGACUGCACUUUCAAUUUUCCAGAUUGACUGACCUUCAUGUCUUAAAGUAAUGAUUGACUGUCGUUUCUCUUUGCUUAUUUGAGCUGUUCUUGCCAUAAUAUGGACUUGAUCUUUUACCAAAUAGGUCUAUCUUCUGUAUACCACCCCUACCUUGUCACAAAAAAACUGAUUGGCUCAAACGCAUUAAGAAUGAAAGAAAUUCCACAAAUUAACUUUUAACAAGGCACACCUGUUAAUUGAAAUGCAUUCCAGGUGACUACCUCAUGAAGAUGGUUGAGAGAAUGGCAAGAGUGUGCAAAGCUGUCAUCAAGGCAAAGGGUGCCUACUUUGAAGAAUCUCAAAUAUAAAAUAUAUUUUGAUUUGUUUAACACUUUUUUGGUUACUACAUGAUUCCAUAUGUGUUAUUUCAUAGUUUUGAUAAAGACAAACCCUGGAAUGAGUUAAGUGUUGGACCCCAGUAAGACUAGCUGUCGCUAUUGGCGUCAGCUAAUGGGGAUCCUAAUAUAUCUAAAGAAAAAUUGACUGCACUGGAUGAAUAUUCAUGUUAUUUUCUCAAGGUCUCAAGAUUUUAUACCAAGCCCCACAGUGCGGUCAUUGCAAAGAUAUUAAUAGUUAUCUUUUUCCUAGGAGGUUCCUGACUUCCCUCACUCCCCACCCAUGUCAGUGAGGGUACUCCACCCUGUGGUCUAUACCUGUACUGCAAUCCUCCUCCUCUGCCUCUUCACCAUCAUCAUCACACACAUAAUACACCACAGGUACCGUGUGUGUGUGUGUGUGUGUGUGUGUGUGUGUGUGUGUGUGUGUGUGUGUGUGUGUGUGUGUGUGUGUGUGUGUGUGUGUGUGUGUGUGUGUGUGUGUGUGUGUGUGUGUGUGUGUGUGUGUGUGUGUGUAUGUGUGUGUGUGUCUGCUAUCUGACCUACCCCACAGUGUCUUUAUGUCCAUCUAAUGCUCUUCUUUGUUUUCUUCCUCCUGCAGUUCUAUAAACAUAUCCAGAAAGAGCUGGCACACGUUACUCAAUACCUGCUUCCACGUCGCUAUGACCACAGCUGUCUACGCAGGAGGCAUCACCCUGACCAGCUAUCCAAUGGUGUGCCAGGCAGUAAGUCCCUCUCCUCUCAGACCCAGCUCAUGCUCUCUACAUGUGGUGUGUGUAGGCUGUGUGUAUGACCCUGUGUGAUUUGUGUCAGGUGGGCAUCGCUCUCCACUACUCCUCCUUGUCUACUCUGCUGUGGAUCGGGGUCAGUGCUAGAGUCCUCUACAAAGAGGCUGUCUGGAGGAUGCCACGGCAACCAGAGGGAGAGUCUCCUGUUCCACCUACUCAGCGGCCUAUGCUCAGGUCAGUGAUGUCAUCAGGGUGAGACAGAGUCAACUUUUAUAUGAGAAGGUUGUGAGUUAUUGUCAAACAGGUCAAUGGUUGAGUUGGGAGCUCAUUGUGGGGUGCUAUUUUAAAUGACUGUAUUCAUGUGAACGGACACCCUAACUGUGUCAUAUCAAAGACCACCAUUGUGUUUAGAACCAAGGAUCUUCUGUUUUAGAAAGCCUUGGAGGGAAAAACAGUAGACUACUGCUAAGGCACAAAAGAGCAGCAGUGACAGAUGCAGAGUGCUGAACCUAGAGCGGGGGAGGAGAGGAAUGUACGAGCCUGGGAUAACAGAGGUUGAGGAGAAUAUCGUAAAUCUGGCCAGGGUGAUGGAGGGGGCGCACUGUCCCCUCAUUACUGCCCCCCUCCCCUCCUCCUCCCCCUUUUCCCCCUCUGCCCUGGUGAUCCCUGGCUGUGAUCAUGUACUGUACUGUUGAUCUCUGUGGCUUUCCCAAACCCCUCUGUCGCCCACCGCCGCAUGGGGUCAGCCCUCCAAUGACGCCUGGCCCUGUGAUAAAUCACAACCCCCCCAGCAACCUGUUGCCCUUUGUUACACUUUAUCAGCUAGCGCAGCUGCCCAACUAACAGCUCAGUUCAGCUCAAGAGAUCACAGACAGCUAGCCUAGGGAUCACUACAGCUGUGAAAUGUAUGCUUGCUGGGAUAAAACAACAAAGGAGCAAAGCCGCUAAAUCUCAUACAGAAUAAACAGAAACUGAAAUGUAAUUUGUCAUACAGUCCUUGGGUUUAGUUGUUGUUUCCAAUAUUGUGUCUGGCACAUGAUACUUCACAUCUAAAUAAGUUCACUGUCAUUUAAUCUUACUUUCUUUUUCAUCUAAUUUUGUUGGAUCCCUCUAAUUUGUAUCUUUCCUGAAUACAGGUUCUAUCUAAUAGCUGGUGGUGUUCCUCUCAUCAUAUGUGGCAUCACUGCAGCUGUCAACGUCAACAACUAUGGGGCCAACAGCCCUUAGUGAGUGCUUCUCAUUUUACCGUUGACCCAUUGGCCCUUGACACAGUAUAUUUUGGUUUAGUGCUUAUUCAAGAGCUGAAUUUGACAUUUUUUAUGAGAUUUUGAAUAUACAGAGGAAUCCUUCUUUUGCUAUGACCUUGCUGACUUUUUUGUGGUAUUUUCCAGCUGCUGGUUGGUGUGGCAGCCCAGUUUGGGGGCCUUCUUUGUCCCCGCAGGCUUGGCGGUAUUGGUCACCUGGAUCUAUUUCCUGUGCACUGUGUUUCGCCUGAGGCAGCGGGUGUCCAAAGAGUGCCCAGGAUCCUCACUGUCCUCCCCUGUGCCUGAGAGCCAGCCAGCCCUGGGUAGAAGCACUAGUCUCAUGUCAACAGACUCUGUGGUGGGGACCAUGCACGCUGCGUUGACCCCAGAGGACCAGUACUCCCUGAAGGUGCAGUUCCUGGUGCUGGUGGCCACCCACUUCCUGUUCCUGGCCCUGUGGGGCUGUGGAGCCAUGGCCAUGUGGCUGACAGGGCACAGCAGCCUGUUGUUUAGCUGUCUCUAUGGGGUAGCUGCCACCGUGUUGGGGGUGUUCCUGGUGGUGCACCACUGCUUUCGACGCCUGGAUGUGCAGGCCUCCUGGCUGGGCUGCUGCCCAGGGUAUUGCCGCUCCCAGCCUAUGCCAGCCUACACGCACACCUGCACCACUGUUAGUGGGAUGCAGACCACCUCUGAAAAGGGAUCCCAGAUCUUCAUUGGCUGCCAUCCUCCAGGGGAUCCCCACAACUCCUCAUCAGCCAGGUCCUCCUCCACCCCCAGUGGGAUCAGCAGUGUGGGCCCUGGGCCCUGUAAGCUUACCAACCUGCUGCAGGUGGCACAAGACAAUACCAACAAUACCACUCAUGCCCCAGCAGGCAUCAACACCAGCACCAGUACGGACAAUAACAACAAGCAAGCUAACAACCUGCUGCCCACCAUAGCCCCUGUCCAGCCUCAGAGGAGGAAGGUCAGUGGCAGAACUAAACAAGGGAGCAGCCAGUAUCACCACCGAGGUGAAGGCAGAGGUCACUACCGUCUCAAAGUCAUGAGGGCUGGUGGGGGAGGGGGCAGUAUGGGAGCACUGGGACCUACAGGUAUAGAGCAGCACAACGCUGCCCAUCCAGCCCACAAACAGGCCACUAGUGAGAACGGCAGCGUACAUCACAGCCACUCUGAGAGCCAUGUCAGCCCGAUAACCAACUGUAAUGGUAGGAGAGUGGGGGAGACAGUGGCUACCAGCCCCUCAGAGGGAAGUGACGGGGGCAGCAGCGGCAGCCGUAAGCCCUUCCCUCUGCUCCCCUCUGUGGCCAGCAGGGUGGCUAUGCAAGGUAAUAGGCGCAGCGCCAGCCGAGACAAUCUGAAACUGGCAGCGGCUGCAGAGCGUGAAGCUAAGCGCAGCUCCUACCCUCUGAACAGCAUUACUACCACUGUGCCAGGGGUUGCCCCUAACGGCACCCUCAAGAGCUCUGUGAUAGAGCUGGAGUUGGACACAAGUGGCACGGACCAUUCCCAGAGCUCUGUGGGCAUGAAAAGUAUGUGGAAGAGUGAAACUACAGUGUGA